CCAUAGGCUCAUCGGGACCAGCACUGGAGAAAGCGCUGCCAACACUGCUCUGUGUGAUGGAGGACUGGCCUCUGCACAGAAUGUGCACCUCCGAUGGGGACAACAAGGACCUUUUUGCCCUGGCUGCAACUCUGGUGAUCUGGCUGAUUGUGCCUGAGUGCAACAAGGCCAUGAUCCCUUAUUCUGGGCAACUGUUUGUGGCUCUGCUCUCCCAUGUUGUCAUCACCACACAGCAGAUGCCACCAGAGGAAGUUGAUAACUUCUGGAGAGCAUGCGGGGAGGAACGCCGCCUUCCCUACGAGCCCAACAGGUUUGCAGUGCAGGCCAUGAAGGAUCUGCUCUGCCGACUGCAGUGUGACCAUGUGGUGGUGGCUAUGGAGCGCAAGGGGUGCUGGGACAUGAUGCUGUGUGCUCACACCCAGCACUAUGCCGUGGGUCUGCUGGCCAGGGAGAUGUGCAAUGUCUUGGUCCCCUUCUGUUCCUGCAUCACGCUCCACUUGCUCCGGCAGCUCAGCAGGGAGGAGCCGUGCUGGGAUCUGCCCUUCCUGGCAUUCCUUGUGGAGGUCCUCGAGCGCCUGGACAUGAGUAAAUGUGGUGGCAGCGUCCUGAAGAUCAUGUCAAGGUACCUCCGGAGUGAAUGCAGUCAGAGGCGUCACCUGGCGCUCAGAGGCCUCGUGGUGCUCAGCAAGGAUCCCUCGAUGGCCAGAAGAAUGUGUAGCGUGUCUCAAAGCCUUCUGCAGCUGCUGGGGGAUGAAGAUAGAGAGGUGGUCAGCAUGAGCCUCCGUGUGUUCACAAAUGUGCUCCAGCACAAAGACAUCCUGGUAUCCAGCACCACUGCCCCGAAGCUGGCUGAGGCUCUCCUGCUGCUCUUUGACCACGACAACAGCCAUGUGCAGUUGCUCUCCAUUCAACUCUUCUGUAAGGUGAUGGACUUGGUAGUGGAUGAGGGAAAAAAGUCCCUGAAGACAAUUGUGAACAAGAGCCUGGACACACUUUUCAUCUACUGUCAUGAUGAGAACUGGCACGUGGCAAAGGCCUCUCGGGAAACGCUGCAUUGUGCAGCCAAGUUUCUGAAGAGGAGAAAUCUCAAGCAGCUCCUGGAGAAGGAGCAUCUGUGGAAGUUUGCUGAGGUCCUGCUGGCAGAGGACAGGAGCCGAGCGGCCGAGCACCUGCGCCGGGCCCGGCCCUACCUGCAGAGCCCACAGGGGCCCCUGCGAGAGGCGGCCGUCAGGUUCAUGGGGAUGGCCGGGCGCAGCUCGAGGGGGCAGCAGGGAGAGCUCCAUGCCCUCAGUCAGGUUUUGAUGUUCCGGCAGUUCCUGCGCAUUCAGCGUAGAAAGACCGGCAGCACAGCAGCUGCGGGCACAGCCGAGCCUGACUCGGGGCUGACCGGGCUCCAGGCAGAGCCCGAUGGCAGCCCAGAUUCGGCUGAGCGCUCAGAAGACGCUGAGACCUCAGAGACUGAAACCUGGGCAAAGGCUCUUCUCAUGUCAAUGACUGAGGACGUGGCCAUCACAAACAACGACAAUGAAGAGACUCAGGGCAUCACAACUGCUGGCACCAGCCCAGAUUCACUGGAGCACUCAGAAGGCUCUGAGGCUGCAAUGAACGAUCACAGGGCAAAGGCUGACAUGGCAGUGACAGAGGAUGUGGCCAUCACAAACGCCAACAGUGUAGAGACUCAGGGCCUUGCAAAUACUGACACCACGCCCACUCCCACUCUGAGUCAGGAACUCAUAUUUGACUAUUUCAAGGAGCCUUGUGUUUCUUCUCACCAGCAGCAGCAGUGUGACCAUGUGGUGGUGUCUAUGGAGCGCAAGGGUGGCUGGGACAUGAUGCUGUGUGCUCACACCCAGCACUAUGCCGUGGGUCUGCUGGCCAGGGAGAUGUGCAAUGUCUUGGUCCCCUUCUGUUCCUGCAUCACGCUCCACUUGCUCCGGCAGCUCAGCAGGGAGGAGCCGUGCUGGGAUCUACCUGCCCUGGCAUUCCUUGUGGAGGUCCUCGAGCGCCUGGACACGACUAAAUGUGGUGACAGCAUGCUGGAGAUUAUGUCAAGGCACCUGCAGAGCGAGUGCAGGGAGCGGCGUCCCCUGGCUCUCAGAGGCCUCGUGGUGCUCUAUUGUAAAAUGCAUGCGAACCCGAAUCAGAAUGCCCAUCAGCAGCAGGUUUUAGGACCCUGCGGUGCUGGGCGGGACAGUGGACGCGGUCCGAGUGGGCGGAGCAAGGAUCCCAAACCCGGCCGUGGGGGGCACGGGGGCCCCAGGCCGGGAGGCUGGACCAAGGAGCCCAGACCCGGCUGGCAGGGUGGUGGCCCGAGCCCCGGCGGGCGGCCCAAGCCCGGCCAGUGGGACGGGCUCUUCAUCUUCACAGCCCACCCUCACCACGCGGCCAGCGUCACGCGCCUGGUGACCCGGUAG